AAGCAAGUAGAAAGAAGAAGUUGAAGUAGAAGUAAAAAGAUGAAAUAAAGAAGGAGAAAGAUAGAGAAACCACAGGAGGAGAGAAAAAGAGAGAAAGAGAAGAGCUUAAAGUUUCGACGUUAUCGGCGCACGUCUAAGCAACUGAUAAAAGUCCGUGUUCCUACGGACAGAUAACGGUCGGAAUGGCCCGUAUAAAGAGUCAGAUAGAUAGAGGUAGAUAAAGCACACGGUCCAACAGAACAGGUGAAUGUCGUGGGGAACGACAGACCAACGCCCGAACUCUUCCUCUCUUCGACUCGUUAUUUUCGCGCUCACCGGAUCGUCGAUCGCGACUCUCUCUCUCUCUCUCUCCCUCUCUCCCCUUUCUCUCUCUCUCUCUCUGUCUUUCUCUCUCGCACUCUGCCUGUCAUUUUUACAAAAGGAGACCCGAGAGAAUACUUUUAGUUAUUUUAUAUUCUUCUCUCUAUCUCUCUUUCUGUUCUCUCUGUCCUCUCUAUUCUCUAUUCUCUGUAUCACUUCGGAAGAACAUUUCUUAUCAACGUUUUUCUCUGGCAUACUUUGUAUUUCUUGAAAGAAAAAAGAAAAAAAGAGAAAAAGAAAAAGAAAGGAAAAAAAAAAAUAAUAAAAAAUAAAAGAGGACGAAGAAGACAGAAGGGUAUUGGAGGAGGAGGAGGAGGAAGAAGAAGAUAAAGAAGAAGAGGAAAGACAGAAAGAAAGAGGAGAGAGAGAGAAAGAGAGAGAGAGAGAGAGAGAGAGAGAAAGAAAGAAAUAAAGAAAGAAAGAAAGAGAAGGAAUAUAUUCAUGGAGACAGAUCGUUAUUGGGGCGUACACUACAGCGGCGGCAUGGCUGGGCAGCACUACUGCCUACGUUGGAACAACUACCAGUCCAACAUGACAUCCGUUUUCCAUCAACUCCUGCAAAACGAGGCCUUCGUAGACGUCACCCUGGCAUGUAACGAAGCUUCGUUGAAGGCACACAAGGUGGUCCUAUCGGCCUGCAGUUCCUACUUUCAGAAGCUCCUACUCUCAAAUCCAUGUAAACAUCCAACGAUCAUCAUGCCGCAGGACGUAUGCUUCAACGAUCUCAAAUUCAUCAUAGAGUUCGUCUACAGGGGCGAGAUCGACGUUUCUCAAGCAGAACUUCAGUCGCUUUUGAAAACGGCCGACCAGCUCAAAAUUAAGGGCCUCUGUGAGGUUCCUGAAAGCAAGGACGGGCCACCAUCAGUGAGCUUGAGCUCACCACCAAGAGAACCUGGUACACCAAGAUUGAACUUUACCAGGUUGAAGAGACAUCAUCCAAGGUAUAAGAGAGCGAGAACAUCAUUCGAGCCUCGUGCCACUGAUUCAAGGCACUACGAUAGAUAUAAAGAGGAGGAAACUAGCGAGAGUUACGGUCGCAAUAAUAAAGAGAAUCACAGAGACUGGCAGGCCGAAGAUGAAGAGUGUACGGAGGUGGCAGCGGCAGCAGCAGCAGUAGUUCUGGAAAGCUGCCAGCGCAAUAGUAACAACAGCAGCAACGGUAACGGUACAAACAACAACAACAAUAACGGUGACAUGUUCUGUCACACAGGGCUAGGUCAUUACGGUCAUCACCCAGAUCCUGGAGAGGUAGAUCUGCCUCCGGAAACACAGCCCACACCACCGAGCGCUACUUUGGUCGGUACCACUAUUACUCAUCUGCGAGACUCUGAUCAUCAUUCGACUGAGAUACAAAAUUGCGAUAGCGUGAAGAUCAAGUUCGAAACUCUGCACACGAUGGAUUCUUCGGACACGAUCGAUAUCGACAGUCACAUGUCGGAUAGAGCGAGCGUAAGCUCAAAAAAUGCAGCGGAUAGCGACAAUAUGAUGAUGAUCACGCCUGAACUUCUCGGACUUAUGCCUUCUGGCAGUUCGAUUCACUCGGACUCGGGUGAAAACAAUUCGAGAGGUCAUUCUGGACAAUCGAGUUCACAUCAUCAUGGUACCAAAUCUUGGACUCAGGACGACAUGGACGCCGCGUUGGAAGCCUUAAGGAAUCACGACAUGAGUCUUACGAAAGCAUCUGCUACAUUUGGUAUCCCAUCAACGACGCUCUGGCAAAGAGCUCAUCGUUUAGGCAUCGACACGCCAAAAAAGGACGGACCUACGAAAUCCUGGAGCGACGAGAGUUUAAAUAAUGCAUUAGAAGCAUUAAGAACAGGAACGAUCUCGGCUAACAAAGCGUCGAAAGCUUUUGGUAUACCUUCCAGUACUCUCUACAAAAUAGCAAGAAGAGAGGGUAUUAGAUUAGCUGCACCUUUUAACGCGAGUCCCACUACUUGGUCACCUGCCGAUCUGGAUCGUGCUUUAGAAGCAAUAAGAUCUGGUCAGACGUCUGUCCAGAGAGCCUCGACAGUUGGUAUUCCCACGGGAACUCUCUAUGGUAGGUGUAAAAGAGAAGGGAUUGAACUUAGUAGAAGUAAUCCUACACCUUGGAGCGAAGAUGCUAUGACUGAAGCUCUCGAAGCUGUCAGGCUAGGUCAUAUGAGCAUCAAUCAAGCAGCUAUUCAUUACAACUUACCCUAUUCCUCGUUGUACGGACGUUUUAAAAGAGGCAAAUACGAAGAACCGGUAGUCGGUGACUUAUCACAGGACGGCACCAAUCCACAUUUUCAUCAAAGUCCAACGCAGAAUCACUCGUCCACGAUUCCCGAUCAAAUGUCUUAUCAGGGUAGCUGAAAUUUACCCUUGUAUUAGAUCGUUAAGUUAUAGUAAAUAGUUAACCUCGGUUAUCUAUAUCUAUAUAUGAAGGAAGCGACAAAGAGAAUGACAAAGAUAAGAAGAAAAAAAAAGAAUAAAGGUGGAGGGAGUAGGGGUGGGAAGGGAAAAACGAUUCGACGACUAACGAUAUAAGAGAAAUCGUUCUUUGAGAAUCAUGAGAGGCAGAUACUGCAGUAUUAAGAACAUGAUCGCGCCGUAAUAACGGAUAUUAUUGUAUAUUGUAUGAUUUCUUUCUGUCAUAUCGGAACUAUAAAUUAAUCAUUAUUUAUAAGCGAUAUUUAUAAAAAACAAAAAAAAAAAUAUCAAAAAAAAACAAAAAAAAAAAUAACAAAAACAAAACACAAAGAAACGCAAAAAAGAUAAAAAAAAAAAAAAAAAAAAAGAACAAACAGAAAGCACUGUACAGUCUGGGCAAUCCCGGUAAAAAUCCUUUUAGCUAUGUAAGAGACACCACAGACACAGGCUUUAUUGGGCCUAUCGGGGAGAUAUAAAUAUUUCAUGAAGAUAAGCAUGUCGUUCAUUUAUAUCAAGAAAAUUGUCAUUAUCAUACACACACACACACACACACACAAUCAAACAUACAUGCACUCAUACACACACACAUGUGUUUGUUAUUUAAUUCGUAUAUUUUAUAUAUAUAUAUAUAUAUAGAUACAUAUAUGUAUAUAUAUAAAAGAUUUUUUUUUAUUUACAAUUUUGAUAUAAUAUACAUAACAAAUUGAUAAAUUUGUUCUUUGGAUGAAAUCGACGAGCGAAAUUUGUGUAUGUGUUUGUUUAACAUAAUAUUAUAGGUAAAGUGAAGAAAGGUGUAUAUAUAUACAUAUAUAUGUAUAUAUAUGUGGAUGUAUGAUAUAUCUAUGUAUACAUAUACAUAUAUAUAUAUAUGUAUAUAUAUAUUAGUAAUAUUCGCAAGGAAUUCCACUAUGUAAUGUUUCAAGAAAAAAUGCUAUUUAUAUCAUUGUGCAAUUCAUGAAUAAGAAGUUUAAGGUAUGCGCGCUGAAACAUAAAAUUUCAAAUUUUUUUCUUUUUUUUUUUCCAAAAUAUUAGAAUCGAUAUCAUGUUCUUUCAUUUUCCGACGUGAAAAGUCAUCUGUUAGACUUUCUUCAUUAAUUUUUUUUUUUGUAUGUAGAAUUCAUAUUUACACGGCCAACAGUGGAACCAGGACAAAUGGCGAAGAGCUAUGAUAAUUGCGAAUGUAUUGCAACUUAGUAAAUUACAUUUUUUUUUUCUUUUUUUUUUU